AUGUCUCAGCCAGAGGAAAACGACGGGCCCCAGAAAAUAGACCGCCCAGUGGAGCAGCGUUCUACACAUGGCCAGGUAGCCCACGCGGUCGCGGAGCUCGAAGGGCUCUCCCUCGACAUCAAUACGUUCACCAAGGGUAAGAGCGACGUCGUUGAGGCUGUGAGCGACGACGACGAGGACAAAAAGGACGCCGUCCUAGAGCCGCCAGUAUCGUCCUUCGACGACUCGGAUGGGGGAUCCCAGACGUCAAGCGAGGAGUCGUGGGCGUCCUGCCCCUCCAGCCGCUCCAACUCGACAGAUAGCAACUCUGACGCCGAGGAAGAGGUGGAGGAGAGGUCCACGCCCGGGGCCAGGGCAGAAGCCUUGCUUCCGAGCCCAGAGGCCUCAUUCAAGUUCCACGAGGAGUUUGACGGCGGAGGCGACGUUGUCGGCGACACCGGGCCCGAGCCACCACCUGAGGAGGAGUUCACGAUGGAAGACAACGACGAAGAGGACGCGCGCUACUCGGUAGAUAUGGGGCCCUGGUCGUCGAGGGCCAUACCCAAGUGGGCGUUCCUAAGGUCGAGCAACUCGCUGCCUGUCCUCGGCCUGGGGCCUGAGGAUUUCUACCACGGCGGCUCGGCGCUGAGGCACGAGGUCUCGGCGGAGGAGGAGGACGACGAGGACGGCAAGAGCAGCAGGUGGUCGCGGGAGAUCGCGAAGGUUGGGGUGGUGUACUUGUAG